UUACCAGCUACGACCACAGGAUGCCUGGAGACCGCUCACCUAGACGGCGCUAUGACGAUCACAGCCCAGAACGUGGAAGGAGGGGGCGUGAGCACUCACCUCCACAUGCUCCCACCUACAGACGAAGUCGAAGUCGGAGCCCAAUAAACAAGCGGCGGAAAUACUCAAGGUCAACUUCUCGUGAUGGAAGGAGACCAGAUUCUCGGGACAGGAGACGGUCGACCUCUCGUGACCGGCGGAAGAGAGAAGGAAGGCCACGGAGAAAUAGGUCGUCGUCGUCAUCCAGUGCAUCUUCCGUUGACAAGAAGAGGAAGAAACGGCGGAAGGACAGCAAGGAACGACGAGAAAGAAAGGAACGGAAAAGGGAAAAGAAGGAACGCAAGAAGAAGAAAGCCGUGGUUCCUCAGUGGGGCAAAUACGGAAUCAUAUCUGAGAUUGAGUACGCGUUGUCGACUCGUCGUUUCACCAUUCGUUCACCAACGUUUCAGUAUAUUUUCCAAAGGCCCGGAAUUCCAUACAUGGCUUGUCGAAGAACGUAAGAUAAACCCUGAAACAAUUUCGAAGGAUCAGAGCAAGAAGGAAUUCGUGCGGUUCGUGGAAGAUUUCAAUACCGCAACGCUCCCCCAUGAGAAAUACUACAACAUGGAGGCAUACGAACGGCGCAUGUCUGCAUUGCGCUCGGGAGAGUUCGUUCCUCCAUCAGACGACAUGUAUGACCCUCAAGCCGACAUGAAGGCGAUCAGUGGCGCCCACAAGAAGAAACUGGUGGAGCGUGAGAGCUACAUGAGCCGUGAACAACUUAUGGAGCUGAGAAAAGUGCAGAAUGAACGAAUCGAGGCCGGUAAGAUGAAAUUACUGGGCAUGGAUAUAAAGCAAAACAUGGGAGUACGGAUGGAUGGGACAGCUUUUGAGUAAAUAAAUAGUAAUUUGUACCAAUACGUCACCGUAGCCGGUUCCAACUGGAACACAUGCAUAUGAUUAUAAUCCGCAAUUCGCCUCGACUACUCUUUCUUUCUCUACCACUACUACCAUGAACAAGAAAACCGACCUCCUUGUCCUUGGUGCAACAGGUAACAAAUUCCUGGGAUUUA